GGAUAAAAAAUGGCUCAGUCUAGAUUAGAAAAAAUAGGCACAAUAUACACAAGUCAUUUAUUUCAUUUUAAGGAUGAAAAUAUUGCUGGAUAAUGGUGCCGUGCCAUUAAACGAAAGACCGAUAUGGAUGGAUGUAUACGAAGCUUUCCCACCAAAGUACGAACCACGUUAUGACAGACCAGUCCUAAAGGAUACCAUAAAACCGAUAUUUUAUAAAGAAGACAAAAUCAGAGCGAGAUUUCAUCAGGAUUAUGCUAAUUUUUUGCAAUUUAAUAUGAUUAGCAAUGAAGAGCCAAAGUCGCGAUUGUUCUUUGAAAUUUAUAAAGAGUUAGAAAAGGAUGGUAUUCCUGAAAAUGAUUUAUACGACAAGGCAGUUAAACAAUUUUUUGAGCGUUGCCAAUUAGAUAGAACGUCUGAUUUAUUAAUUAUGAAUACUCAGAAGAAAAAUUUGUAUGCGGCUAAACCCGAUGAAUCGAUAAAUAGAGAUACUUUGUCAUCAAAAGAGGAUGUCAAUAUAGCAUCAAAACGUGAUACAGUAUUAUUAAAAAAAGAUGAUGUUGUAUAUAAGCCAAUUAGAUUAAAUAUAAAAGCAUUGCUCGAAAACAAUGAAAUUAAUAAUAAACUUGAAGAUACCGAGAAUACUAAUAGCAAACCUGAAGAAAAACAAAAUAGUGAUAUGAAAUGUGAUUAAAUAUUACCUUAUAUAGUCUUAGCUUUAAAUAAGUUGUA